GUGAUCAUGCAGGCCUUCUCCCGGGACGCCCUGCAGCACUACGUGCCUGUCAUCCAGGAGGAGGUGAGCGCCUGCCUGGAGCGGUGGCUGGGUGCCGCCGGGCCCUGCCUGCUGGUGUACCCCGAGGUGAAGCGCCUCAUGUUUCGCAUUGCCAUGAGGAUCCUGCUGGGCUUCCAGCCCCGCCAGGCCAGCCCCGAUGGUGAGCAGCAGCUGGUGGAGGCCUUCGAGGAGAUGAUCCGCAACCUCUUCUCCCUCCCCAUUGACGUGCCCUUCAGCGGGCUCUACCGGGGCUUGCGGGCACGCAAUAUUAUCCACGCCAAGAUCGAGGAGAACAUCCGCGCUAAGAUGGCCCGCAAGGAGCCUGAGGGUGGCUACAAGGAUGCACUGCAGCUGCUGAUGGAGCACACGCAGGGCAACGGGGAGCAGCUCAACAUGCAGGAGCUGAAGGAAUCUGCCACAGAGCUGCUGUUUGGGGGCCAUGAAACCACUGCUAGUGCUGCCACGUCGCUCAUCGCCUUCCUAGGGCUCCAUCAUGAUGUCCUGCAGAAAGUGCGGAAAGAGCUGCAGGUGAAGGGGUUACUGUGCAGUCCUAGCCAAGAGAAGCAGCUGGACAUGGAGGUCUUGGAGCAGCUGAAGUACACGGGCUGUGUCAUCAAAGAGACCCUCAGGCUGAGCCCGCCUGUUCCUGGAGGAUUUCGAAUUGCACUCAAGACCCUCGAGCUAAAUGGUUACCAGAUCCCUAAAGGCUGGAAUGUUAUUUACAGUAUCUGUGAUACCCAUGAUGUGGCAGAUCUCUUUACCAACAAGGAUGAAUUUAAUCCAGAUCGCUUCAUGUCUCCAUCUCCAGAGGAUUCCUCUAGGUUCAGUUUCAUUCCUUUUGGUGGAGGCUUGAGGAGCUGCGUGGGCAAAGAGUUUGCAAAAGUCCUUCUAAAAAUAUUUACAGUUGAGUUGGCUCGGAGCUGUGACUGGCAGCUGCUGAAUGGACCUCCUACAAUGAAAACGGGCCCAAUAGUGUACCCUGUGGACAAUCUACCUACCAAAUUCAUAGGUUUCAGUGGCCAAAUCUGAGACCUCACACCUUCCUCCGGCUGGAUUUCUAUAUAGCAUCUAAUAUGUACAUAGUAACUUUUUAUAGUAACGAAGGCCUUUAAAUAUUUAAACUUGUAAAUGUACAAUAAUUAUUUAUGUCUUCUAAAUAUUUCAAAACACUAUGAUAUUUUUUCCCCAAGCACUGCAAUUAUGGGUCUCUGAUUCAUAAUUAGAUAAUGUUAUUUCUAUAGAAAUAAGUUUUCCCCUAUUUAAAAAUCUUAUUGAAAGCUGGCCAGCUAAGCAUUUGAAGACAUUUCACGAUGGAGUAUGUAUUAAGAAAUAUUCUUAAAGGCAUUUGAAACAACGGUAACUAGUUACUCAUCCAAAUUACCUAAAAUGGUUAUUGUUUGAGAAUGUUUUCAGUAUUAUUUGUAUCUAGAUCUUCUGUUUAAUGUGUGAAUUUUAAGUUUGAUAAUAAAGUUUAUUUUUGAUGA